AUGAUAGAUGUAGUGACGGCAUUGAAUUGUAGCUUUAUUUUCAACAAUAACAGUUUCAGUAUUACUGGUAUCUACAGGCCUAAUCCCACGAAUGUACAGGAUUUUGUAAACAAUUUGGAUUCGUAUUUGAGAAGUACUGCAAACUGUGACAUUUCGUUGUUGGUGGGUGAUAUAAAUAUAGACUUAUUGAGAGAACAUGAAUACCGCAAUUUAAGAUACGUGAAUAUGUUACAACAGGACGGGUACAUAUCUCAGAUUAAUACACCUACUAGGUUAAGUGUUAGAAAUCAAACUGAAACACACAACAAAAGUUCGCCCAAUUGA